UAAAUUAAAGAACCAAUCUGUAAAAAAAAUGGCAGGUUUGUUUGAUAAGCAGGCAGCAAUUUAUGCAGAGGCAAGACCAAAUUUUCCUGAAAAAUGGUUUUCAAUGCUCUCUGCUCUUACGUCUCACCAUUCUUUAGCUUGGGAUGUUGGCACCGGCAACGGCCAAGCAGCCAUCAACAUUGCACAACAUUAUGAUAAAGUAAUUGCAACUGACAUAAGUGAAGAACAAUUGAAGCAUGCCAUUCACGAUCCUCGAAUUCAAUACUUCCACACCCCAUCAUCAAUGUCCGACAAUGAAAUAAUAUCCUUAAUCGGGGACGAAAACUCAGUUGAUCUAGUGACAGUAUCGGUAGCGGUACAUUAUUUUGAUCUGGAAAGGUUCUACUCUCAAGUUAAACGUCUGCUGCGAAAUCCAGGAGGCAUCAUUGCAGUUUGGACAUACAAUAUCAUCCAAGUUAACUCAGAAUUUGAUCCCGUCAUGCAGCGAUUCUACGAAAGUACGCUUCCGUUCUGGAGUCCCAAGGCCAAGAUCGCAUUCGAUUGUUACAAGACACUUCCAUUUCCUUUUGAAAGUGUGGGCGUAGGAUGCGAAGGGCAGCCGAAGAUAUUAGACAUGCCGAAGCAGAUGUCUUUUGAGGGAAUGUUGGGGCUGUUAAGAUCAUGGUCCGCUGUCAAUACUGCUAAGGAUCAAGGUGUGGAUUUGCUGUCGGAAAAUGUUGUUAAGCGGUUCGAGAAUGCUUGGGGAGGCUCUGAUGUUGUUAGGACAGUCAUAUUUAAGACUUAUAUGAUUGCAGGAAAAGUUUAAGUUCAGAUCAAGAAAGCUUAAGUUGUGAAGACAGUAGCUACAGCAAAUAAUUAAGAGGUAUAUGCAAAAUGUAUUGAUAUGCCCUUUAACUUUGUCCAAAAUAAAUUUAUGUUUCUAAGCUCUAAUUCGGUGCAACCCGACUCUUAAAAUUAUAAAAUCAGGGCAAGUCGGCCCUUUUCCUAAUAUAAAUGGAUAGGACUUAUUUGUAUCAAUUGUACAAGUGUAAGGAUCAGAUUGUACCGAGCUGAA